AUGCCAUUCGCAAACAGAAUGAGCUCCUUCAAGAGUCAGAUCUCUUGGAGCUCGGCGACGGUGAUGUCGUUCCCAUCGGCGCCAUGGCUGUGCAUGUGCCAAGCUCAGCUCCUUCUUGCUUGUUCGGCUCUGUCAAUUCAGGCACGGAUUCCGACAUUGAUCGAAUUCGGCCAUCCGCAAGUGCAGAGGAUGCAUCGUACACCAACCAACCUUCAGCUUCAGACAGAACUGAAACAUGUUUGUUUGUGCUGGCGUCGCAUGCCCCGGGUGCCUACUAUUCUCGGAGGUUCAUUCAUAUUAUGCUGGCCCAAAGACCCUAUUCUAAUUAUUGAGGCCCCUAUACGAAUGUGCUUAGGGCCAGUCUAG